AUGGCCAUUCACUCUAACCUCAUUUCCCUUCUCUUCCUCGCAACAACAAUCACCAUCCUCACCAUCUCUCCACGUCCCACAUCGGCCGCAACUCGGCGGCCGCAGUUCAACGUGGUCCGAUUCGGGGCCAGACCGGACGGUCGAACCGACUCCACCAGGGCCUUCCUGACCGCGUGGACCCGGGCCUGCGGUUCAAGGGUUCGGGUCAUAAUGCUGGUUCCCAAAGGACGGUUUCUGGUCCGAAACAUGCAGUUCACCGGUCCAUGCAGGAACCGGUCCAUCUUCGUUCGCAUCCUUGGCACCAUUGUCGCUCCAAACAACAUAUGGACCACCGGGAACAGCCCGCAUUGGAUCGAGUUCCACCGGGUCGACGGCGUCACCAUCUCCGGCGGCGUCCUCGACGGCAAGGGCGCCGCCUUGUGGGCUUGCAAGAAGGCCGGCCGGAGUUGCCCCAACGGUGCCACGACGUUGAGCAUAUCAAACUCCCAGAACGUGGUGGUGAGCAGGCUGACGUCGCUGAACAGCCACAUGUUCCACAUGGUCAUCAACUUCUGCCACAACGUGAAGCUGCAAGGCGUCAGGAUCUCCGCUCCGGGGAACUCCCCAAACACCGACGGAAUCCACGUCCAGUUCUCCACCGCCGUGACCAUCGUCAGCUCCAAGAUCGCCACGGGCGACGACUGCGUCUCCAUCGGCCCCGGCACCGCCAACAUGUUGGUGGACAAAGUCACAUGUGGCCCCGGCCACGGCAUCAGCAUUGGGAGCUUGGGGAAGGAUGUGAACGAGCAAGGAGUGCAAAACGUGACGGUUAGGUCGACCACAUUCGUCGGCACGACAAACGGUUUCAGAAUCAAGGCCUGGGGGAAGCCCAGCAAUGGGUUCGCCAGAAACAUUCUCUUCCAGCAUGCCACCAUGUACAACGUGCAGAAUCCCAUCUUCAUCGACCAGCGUUACUGCCCCAACAGAAACUGUGCCGACCAGGUAAAAAAAAAAAAGGUUACACAUUUUUGUUGUUGUGUGUUUUUUGUUACGCUUAAUUACUUCGUAGUAGUAAUAACAUAUAACUUUGCACCGUAUACGUACCACCAGGGGUCGGGGGUACGAGUGAGCGACGUGACGUACCAGAACAUCCGGGGAACGUCGGCGACCCAGGUCGCGGUGAACUUCGACUGCAGCAACAGGUCGCCCUGCCGUGGGAUCCGACUGAACAAUGUCAGGCUGACGUACAGGAAUCGAGCGGCGGUUGCGUCGUGUAGAAAUGCCGGCGGAACUGCUUACGGCUUCGUCCAGCCCAGGAGCUGCCUGUAG